AUGCCGCUCUUCCUGGUCGUCUGCUCCGACACCGUGGAGAAGCGCAAGCUCUACCAAUUGACGCGGGUCGCCGACGUUCCGGUUCAGACCGAAGAUCUUCGCUCCCGGAGAGGUGUGGAAGCGUGCCAUCGCUCGCCAACGUGGCCAAACACCCGCGCCACGUCCGAAGAAGCCAGCAAAGAGACGGCGGCAGCAUCAGGGGCGCCCUCCGCCGUCCCGCCAGCGUCGGCCGCUCCUGCUCCCGCCGCAUCCGAGGCCGUGCCAACCCCUGAGGCUCCUGCGCCUCCACCCCAGCUGCUAGUGGCGGAGCCGGGAGCGGCCUCUCCCGGGACGUCGGCUGGACUGCGCCCCGCCAACCGCCGGCGCGGGGGUCGACACCCCGUGGGUACCCAGCACCGUCAGUCGAGCAGCCCCAGGUCGACUCUGACAGCGAAGCAGCCACGCCUCCCCCUUCCAGCGACGGGGCCGUGCCUGCUGCCUCCACCGCUUACCUGGCCUGCCUCGUCGUGCAGCUCACUGUCCUGGUGA